AUGAAUGGAAAAAUAAAAUAUUUUAUUUUUUUUAAAACUUUUACCUUUAUCCUUUUUAUUUUUAUAUGUUCUCAUUUAAUCAAUGAGUGUAUCUUUAAUCAAUCUUUAGACAAUAAGGGCAGUGAUGGUAGAAAAUUAUAUGAUAGAACUAAACGAUUAUUAUUAGAAAAGGUGAAGAAAAAAAAAAAAGGAGGAUCAAAAAAGAAAUCACCUGCAGUUAAAAGUGAUAAUUCAGGACAAAAAUCUAAAAAAGAAACUAAAGUUGUUAAGUCAGGAAAAAAGGAUAAAAAAAAUAAAGGUAAUACGUCAGGGAAUAUAUGCGUGUCCCUUAUACCUAAACUUCUUCGUGGGAUAAAUAAAUAUUUUGAAAAACAUGUAAAUAAGGUAUAUGUUAGUAUAAAUGAGUACAAGACAUGUACUGAUUCUUCUAAAAAACGAACUAUAAUACAUCAAGCUAUAAAAAAUGCCUUUUUAGCAUUUGCUGUACCACUAGUACUUUUUGGAGUAGCAAUUUUUUUUCUUAUUAUUGAGAAUGUUCUUUCUAUGGGAUCGAGUUCUGGUGUUGCAGCAACAGCAGGUACUUUAAGUAUUGUAAAUGCUAUUUAUAUGUUUAAAAAAUACAGACAACGUUCAAAACAAGAUAAUGACUGUGGAUUAGUAUGUCAAAUAGGAUUAAAAGCUGAUGAAUUUUUAGGUGGUGUUGAAGGAGAUGGAGAAGAAGAUGAGGAAGAAGAGGAAGAAGAAGAAGAUGAAGAAGGAGAUAAAGAGGAAGAAGAAGGAGAUGAAGAAGAAGAAGAAGUAGGAGAUGAAGAAGAAGAAAAAGAAGGAGAUGAAGAAGUUAAAAAGAAAGGAAAAAAAAAAGUAGGAAAAAAAGGAGUUAAAAAGAAAGGAAAAACAAAAGUGGAGGACGAAGAUGAAGAAGAAGAAGAAACAAAGGAAGGAAAAAAAGAGGGUAAAAAAAAAGAAAAAGCAAAAGAAGAGGAGGAAGAUGAAGAAGAAGUAACGAAGGAAGGAAAAAAAAAGGGUAAAAAAAAAGAAAAAGCAAAAGAAGAGGAGGAAGAUGACGAAGAAACAAAGGAAGGAAAAAAAGAGGGUAAAAAAAAAGAAAAGGCAAAAGAAGAGGAGGACGAUGAAGAAGAAGUAACGAAGGAAGGGAAAAAAAAGGGAAAGAAAAAAAAGGGUAAAAAAAAAGUAAAAGCAAAAGAAGAGGAGGAAGAUGAAGAAGAAGUAACGAAGGAAGGAAAAAAAAAGGGUAAAAAAAACGUAAAAGCAAAAGAAGAGGAGGAAGAUGACGAAGAAGUAACGAAGAAAGGAAAAAAAAAGGGUAAAAAAAACGUAAAAGCAAAAGAAGAGGAGGAAGAUGAAGAAGUAACAAAGGAAGGAAAAAAAAAAGGAGGUGAAAAAAAAGAAAAAGCAAAAGAAGAGGAAGAUGAAGAAGUAACAAAGGAAGGAAAAAAAAAAGGAGGUGAAAAAAAAGAAAAAGCAAAAGAAGAGGAAGAUGAAGAAGUAACAAAGGAAGGAAAAAAAAAAGGAGGUGAAAAAAAAGAAAAAGCAAAAGAAGAGGAAGAUGAAGAAGUAACAAAGGAAGAAAAAAAAAAAGGAGCAAAACAAGAAGAUAAAUCAAAAGUAGAAAAAGUAAGCGAAGAAGCAUGGAAAGGAGAUAAAGAAGAGGCAAAAAGAAAUCAAAAUGCAGAUAUAGAAGCAGAAGCAAGAAAAGUAGAAUAA